AUGGACAACAUCGGCCACCGUGCAGUCAUCCCCUAUCUCAGUCACAAGGGCUUAACACCCAAGGAGAUCCAUGAAGACAUGGUGAUCACAGUAGGGGAAGAUGCCCCUUCAUACAGCAUGGUGAAGACGUGGGCUGCUGAAUUCAAACGUGGCAGGGAGAGUCUGGAAGACGACACCCGUCUGGGAAGGCCAGUCACCGUCACCACACAGGAGACCAUUGCCAAUAUUCAUGACAGACAGACGACGAAUCUGGAAAAGAAGCAUUCGGUCAAGCACAGAGAAUACAACGAAAAUCUACUUAUUCUACAGCCAGACGAAUACACCAAGGUAAAUGGCAGAGUUGAGAUUGUUGAUGGCCACGACAUAUUUCAAUUCUAUAUUACCAAAUGUAUGAGUACAACAGCAAGAUCAACAUCGACCUUCAGCUAA